AUGACAACACAACCUGCACCCGCCAUCCCCCCUCGACCGUCAAGGUCGCCUAACCAGCAGGGUCUUGCACCCGCAGACGUGCCCAAGAUCCCACCACGUCCCACUCGUCGUUUUGACCGCUCCGUAUCUCCUCUUCGAGAUAGCUACGCCCCGUCUCCCUUGAAUGAGCCACCCAAUGGCUCGAGCUUGACUCGCACCAUUUCCCAAGAUGUGCCGCAGCGACCUCCGAGUGUGACGAUACCUUCCCUUGGCGAAGAGGGUAAUGAAUACGAAGCUUUGAACAUGGCUGAUGUCUCCGAGAGUCACCGAGAGGGCCACCAUUCGACUCCCGCAGAGAUGCGCAACGUGGGCAGCGAUUUGAAGCUCCAUGCGCCGAGGCCUUCACUACCCUCUUCCAGCGCCAAGGCCAAGCUGCAAGCCGUCACACGUACAGAUUCUCGUCAGGCUGCAGCAGCAGGUCUUGGUGGGACAUCAUCCCCCACUCCUGAUGACCACCAUGAACGACCCACUCGCUCGUUACAGUCUCGAACAAGUUACUCGCGUGCGGACUCUUCGACUUCCAUUGAUCGACGACUGUCUAUGAACGGCGAUGAGCAUGGGAUUAGGGUUCCAAUGUACCCUAAUGCGGGCGAUGUACAAGCCCCUUCUCCAAGUCCAUACCAUCUGGAACAGAAUUCGGGCCAGCGCUCGGGCCGCAGCCAUAACCGAACUCGGAGUGGUCGUGAAGCUUCCCUGCCGCCAGGAAGCUAUGGUCUUCACGGACAUGGCGUGCAGCCCAAUGACAAGUUCGAGAAGGCCUGGUAUGAAAAGCACCCCGACGAAUAUGUCAAGGAAGAGCAGGGUCAAUAUGGCCCCGGAGUUGGAUCGCCACGACCAGACUGGGCAUUGAGUAGUGAUGAUCUGAACAAGAUUGUACGGGGCUCUGCUGUGACCGGGAGCGGACUUGGCACGUCACCUGCUGUAAUCGGAACCCCAGAAGAGGAGGUUGGUUACAUUGCCGCUGACGAAUACACUCACCGUCUAUCAUCACCGCCGCCUGGAUCGCGCCGUGGUUCCCGCCUUGUCGCUGAGUCACCUUUGCGCAAGGAGAGCGUGCCUUCCGUCGAGACUGAGGGCCAGCAACAAACUGCGACCUCUGAAGAUACCGCUCACAAGUCAGAAGAACCAGGGGUGAUACACGUUGACGAACCAUAUCAUCAUCUACACCAUCCUGAUGGCUUCGCUCAAACUCCAGGUCCCGAAGAACUCUCUGGAAAAGUUGGGGAGGGUGAUGUAGAUGAGGAUGAGCCUAUUCUGGCUGCUGAUGAGGUGCGCCCAGAAUCUGCUUUCCAGCACCCCGCCGUAUCUCCCACAUUCGACAGAAGGGAAAGUGUGGAGGUCGACAGGAGUCACACCCCAAGUGUCACCCAUAGCCGCUCGGGCAGCAGAACUGCGAGCCACCGCAACAGUUUGCCAACUCUGGCAAGGUACAAUUCGCGCGACGAACGGGAAGAGACGCAUACCCCACUUGAUGAUGUUGAGGAAUAUGAGCCUCUGUUCCCGGAGGAUGAUGAUGCAGAGAAAAAACCUCUUUCGACCGCCGACCGCUUUAAAAAGCGGCCAGAUUUGCUCAAGCACCGGUUCCCUAGCCAAGACAUUUGGGAGGAUUCGCCGAAUAGCUUGCAAUUGCACGCUACGGUGUCUACACCGGAUGUUCCUAAGAACGAAAACUUUGAGACUCCGGAGGAGGAGUCCUUCCGUAGAAGCCAGGCUACCCGCGUUGAUCCACACAAAGUUGCAUCACAGAUUCUACAAUCAGAAGAACGUCUCGACGAGAAGCCUGUUUCACGUCCAGACAUUGCCAAGCAGCGCUUUCCCAGCAGGGACAUCUGGGAAGAUGCCCCCGAAAGCCAAAAGCUGGUAACCACAGUAGAGCCGGCAGAAGAGGGAGAGGUCAAGAGCCCAGAUGUGCCGACGAAACCUAGCAUACCAGUUCGACCCCAGAAGCGUCCUCAACAGGCCCCCCAGUGGAUACUUCUACAAAGCCAGUCACCUCGCCUAUUGAAAAACGCCAACCACCUUCAAUUCCUGACCGUCCCAAGCCCCAAGUCCCGACCCGGCCAGCUAAGCCCGUGUUCCCUGGAAAUGGCGGAGAGUCUAAAGAUGCUGCGGCCAAGCCGAAGCCAGCAGUACCGGCCCGUCCGGGAGGCAUUGGGCCCUCAAGCGCCACCGAAGCCACAAGAGAAGAAAGCAGAGGAGCCCCCGGCGGAAAAAGCUCCUCUAAGUGAUGCUCGCAAGGGAAGGGCCCGUGGGCCCGCACGGAGGAGACCGGCCGCCGAAAAUGUGGCUGCAAAGUUGCCGACGAUCUCAGAAGUCAGGAUCACUGAAACCUGGAAUGUUUGGGAGGUUAAUGAGGCUGGUAAUUUGGUUGUUGGCAGUGAAAAACAGGUGAAUAAGAACGAAGUCGUUGCUCAGGACACAACAACGUCAGAAGACACCACCAUGGCUCUCCCGAUAGCCAAGAACACUGCCAGCGAGUCGGCUGCUCCGGACACGACAACGUCAGAAGACAACGCCAUGGCCCCCCCGAUAGCGAAGAACACUGCCGGUGAGUCGGCUGAUCCUCAACCAACAUCUCCCAUAGAGGACCCGGUAUCAUCGAGCGAGUCAACCCCAGCUGAGCCCCAGCCACCAACAUUCACAGAAGCAGCCCACACAGUAACGAGCGCCCUCGAUGAUGGGGGUCCUAUCGUGGUACCUACAGCCAAGCGAGAUGAGCCAGAAGCUUCCUCUGAAGCGGUAUCUACCGAAACUGAUGUCGAUAAACCGCAGAGCACUUUAUCGGCUGAAUCAGGAUUAGAGGAUGUUGCUGAAGUUGCGGCUGCGGCAGCCGAUGGAAAACGGCCCUCGGAGGGUAACUAA